AUGGGCGGCGCAAGCUCCAAACCAGCACAGAAUGCUGUGCGCAAGUUUCCGACCAGAGCUCCAGGAUCAGCGACCCCCUCAUCUCUCACAGCUCAUCUCGAGCGCAAGCACAGGCUGUACCCCCAAAGUCCACAACUCAACUUGCGCCACGGCCCUCUGUCACGAAGAAUGAGUGUUAGUACUGCCUUUCCAACCGAUAUCCAACCAACAUUAUGUGCUAACAACCUACCCAAAGCCGCCGGUCGACCCUCUCCAUCUUCGAAACAAGAUUCCUACUCCGCAAACCCAGACAAGACCCCCUCAGACUACCCAUCCACCGCUUUUGCCUCGCGCCUCAAACAAAUGGGCGCUGUCCAGCCUAACCCAACAUACUCCCCCUCCUCAAUAGCAUCGCCGCUAGUCGACGCUUCAGGCAUUUCCCAGUCCAUCUCCGGCCCCCUGUUUCCCUCGGCGAAGAACAACCCUACUCUUGGAGCGCUGGAAAACCGCAGGCGGCUAGAGGAACAGGCAAAGCGGGAGAUGGAGGACUGGGGCAAGUCUACUCAUCAAGGGAAGGAGCUCUUGGAUAUCGGCACCAUUAAGAAGAUCUUCGUCCUGAGUGAACAGGGCGAGUCAGACCAGGCGAUUGAGAAACAACUAGGGCUGAAAAAGGGGGUCGUGGCUAAGCUCGGAAGGGACUUUCUCUCCAUCGCCUCAUGA